AUGCUGGACGAAGAUGGAUACAUCACCUUAAAUAUUAAAAAUCGAAAGCCAGCUCUCACCUCAGUUGACCCUUCUUCCUCACCUCUGUGGCGUGUGAUGGCUUUGAUUCUGCUGAUCUUGUGCAUGGGGUUAGUUGUUGGGCUGGUGGCUCUGGGGAUAAUGUCCGUCACAGAGCAAAAUUACCAAGUGGAGAAUAAUAAUGUCUCAGGAACUCUGCACCAAGUAGCAAAGAAGUUCUGCCAGUAUUUAAUAAAACAAUUGGAACAAAAGAGCAGUGUCAGCCAUAAAUGCAGCCCAUGUGACAGAAACUGGAGAUAUUAUGAAGAUAGCUGCUACGGAUUCUUCAGGCGCAACUUGACAUGGGAAGAGAGUAAGCAGUUCUGUAUUAACAUGAACGCUACUUUGCUGAAGAUUGCCAGCCAGAACGUUCUGGAAUACAUGAAGUCCAGGACUGGAUUAAUUCGUUGGGUUGGAUUGUCCCGCAAGAACCCUGAUGAAGUCUGGAUGUGGGAAGAUGGCUCUGUGCCCUCCAAAAAUGUGUUUGAGCUUUCUGGAAAUGAAAGAGAAAAUAUGAACUGUGCUUAUUUUUAUGAUGGGAAAAUCUACCCAACCUUCUGUAAGAACAAACAUCAUUUGACGUGUGAGAGGAAGGCAGGCAUGGUGAAUGUGGACACACUACUUUAA